AUGUUGUGCUGGCAGCCUCUGCCUCACCAGCUUGUCACCUCGGACCGGGACAGAGAGACCUCGGCCAAGCUGGCCAAGCUCCCCUGGAGGACAUUGGCACGGCUGGCUGCAAAAGGCCUGCUCUGCCCCACACAGCUCCUGCCAGCACACGUGCUAAUCUUCCUUAACCUGACGUCUCAUACGUGGUUUUGGAAUACAAUUCAGAAUGAUUUCAAGAAUGGGAAUGUUGAUUUAGAGGGCUGCAGGAGGCUGCUUGAAAAAAUGCAAAUAAAAUUUGAUGAAGACCAUUUAAAACAUAUUUUCAAGAAAACUAUUGACAAACAGUCAGGAAAUAUUAUUAGCAUGGACGACUUCAGAGCAAUUUAUCGAGCUCUUGUACACAGGCCUGAAUUUGAAGAACUAUUCAAGGCUUACUCGACAGAUGGCAAAAUUCUACCUGACAGCCAGCUCCUUAAAUUUCUUAUAAAAGAACAAUUUCAAACUGAAGCUAAUGAAACAACUGCCUUAGAAAUUAUUAUGAAGUAUGAACCCAUUGAUGAAGUGAGGAAGAAAAGGCAGUUGUCAUUUGAAGGAUUUAUAAGAUACAUGAACUCAGACGAAUGUUCAAUAUUUAAAAGCCAGCACAAGACCGUCUAUCAAGAUAUGAACCAGCCAUUAUGUGACUAUUUUAUUUCAUCUUCUCACAACACCUACUUGAUAGCUGACCAGCUAAUGGGACCCAGUCACUUAUGGGGCUAUACCAGUGCUCUGUUAAAAGGAUGCCGUUGCCUGGAGAUUGACUGCUGGGAUGGCACCAACAAUGAACCUAUUGUGUAUCAUGGUCACACUUUAACAAGCAAAAUUCCAUUUCGCUCUGUAAUUCAUGUGAUUGACAAGUAUGCAUUUAUGUCAUCUGCCUAUCCAGUUAUACUGUCUCUGGAGAACCACUGCAGCCCUAAACAGCAGGAAGUAAUGGCAGACUGCUUGAAAAGUAUUCUAGGUGACAAACUUCUCACUACACCAAUUGGUGGUGCAGUAGAUAUGACUGAACUGCCUUCUCCUGAGGCAUUAAAAUUCAAAGUUCUGAUAAAAAAUAAAAAAGUUGGAACAAUUGAGGAAGGUCUGCUCAGGAUGGAUGCUGAAUAUGGUGGUGAGACAGAGGAACUGAGUGACUCUGAAUCUGAGUCUGAGGAUGAUGACGCAGAUGACACGUUACCUCUUCAGCCAUCAAGGAGUCCCACCAGAAGAAGAAGAGAUCAUAGACCUUCACCCCCACCUCAAAAAAAACCAAAGGUGAGAAAGGGAAAGAUUGCCCUUGCAUUGUCAGACCUUGUGGUUUAUACCAAAUCUCAGAAGUUUGUGAGCUUUGAGCAUUCCCUGCAGCAUCAGCAGUGUUAUGAAAAUAAUUCAGUUGGAGAGAGUGCAGCACGAAAACUUUUAAGAUCUUCAGCUAAAGAGUUUAUUUCACAUACUACAAGAUUUAUUACAAGAAUUUACCCCAAGGGAACAAGAAUGAGCUCGUCAAAUUAUAAUCCUCAGGAGUUCUGGAAUGUAGGGUGUCAGAUGGUGGCCUUAAACUUCCAAACACCGGGAACACAAAUGGAAUUGCAAGAUGGAAAAUUCCUGGACAAUGGUGGUUGUGGCUAUGUGCUGAAACCUGUAUUCUUGAGGGAUUGCAAUACCACAUUUACACCCCGAAAUGUGGGAGGAUACAGCAAACCAAUGUCUCUGUCAAUAAGGCUGAUCAGUGGCCAUCAGUUACCACCCAGCAGCAUCUCUAGGACCAACAAAGCUGACCCCACAGUGCAGAUAGAAAUCUAUGGUGUACCAGAGGACCAAACAAGAAAGAAAUCUAGUAUUGUAAGAAGCAAUGCUUUGAGCCCUAAAUGGAAUGAAACAUUCUCUUUUAACAUCCAAGUUCCAGAACUGGCAAUGAUACGCUUCUGCGUUCAGGAUGAGAUUUCUCUGUGUAACAACGAAUUCCUUGGCCAGUACACUUUACCUGUGAUGAGCCUGAAUACAGGUUACCGUAACAUUCCAUUGAUAUCCAAAGAAGGCAUCAAGCUGGAACCUGCAUCACUCUUUAUUCAUAUUUCAUAUUAUCGAUGAUAUUCUGCAGAAGAAAUCAUUAAAAUAACAUCU